AUGGCUGCAGCCUGGCAGCUUCAGGGGCUUCAGCUCAUGGGGCUAGGGGCAGCCCUGGCCCUCCUGUGCCUCUCUGCCUGGGUGGAAGCAGCCCCUGAGUUUUCGGGCUACCUGCGCAAGGUGCUGAAGAACCAUACUAUCCAUACCUGUGAUGGGGAGCAGCUGAUCAUCAUGUGCCCUCACAAGACCACUGUCAGCAUCCUUGGUGCAUUCUAUGGGCGCCGUGUGCCCAGCCUGCACCUCUGCCCCAACCCUGGCAAUGUCUCUGAGGAGAGCACCGAAUGCAUGUCUGCCACAGCCCGCCAGAAACUGCUGGAUGAGUGCCAGGACCAGCGAUGGUGCCAGUUCUCAGUCCACAGCCAAGUCUUUGGGCCAGACCCGUGUCCUGGGACACACAAGUACCUUAUUGCUUCUUACAAGUGCCGGCCAGCUAACCAUCGCAUCAAGACUGUAUGUGAGAAUGACAAGCUGAGGCUACACUGCCGGCCAAAGUCCAUCUUGGCCAUUUAUUCUGCAAGCUAUGGACGAUUCCUGCGGGGCAAGCCAGAGUGUGAUGCCCUGAACACUGAGCAACCUCAUAUAGAGUGUUUGGCUCCCGACGCCUUGAGGAGGGUUUCCAAGAAGUGCCAUCGGAAGGAGAACUGCACUGUGACUGCUGACAGAGCCACCUUUGGGGACCCAUGCUUCCCUGGAAUGAAGAAGCAGCUGCGGGUCUCCUACACGUGUGUGCCCAGGCAGCUGCUGGAGGAGGUGGGCCCUGACACCUCGGACCCCUUCCUGCUCUCGGACUACACACACGGUGGCUGGUACAAAGGGCCCAGGUUCUCCAGGCUCCGGGAAGACCUGAUGAUUUUUACUAGCUCUCUGGAAGCUUUUGCCCACAUUUGGGGCAUCCCGGAAAAAGUUGGCCUCUAUUUUCUUUGUGGGGUCUCAGGAGGCCUCAUGCUCCUGCUCUGCAUUAUCAGCCCCAAGAUGGCCUUCAUCCAGGACGUGAGGGAGGCUUUCAAAGACCCAGAGCUGGGGAGAAACUCAGAGCUGAGUGGGACCAAACUGCAGGAUGAACAGGAUGAAGACAUUCCUGAUGACAGCUCCUCAGACUCCUCCUUCCGCCGCCUCACCCGCACCUACCGGGCAACAGACAACAUCUUCAGCCCUGAGCUGACUGCAGCAAUGGAGGGGGUGGCAGAGCACCAAGGCCAUGAUGGGGAGGAGAUCUGGAUGCCCAAGGAGUCUAGCCCGUAUGCCAUCCACAAGAUCAAAUCAGCCACCAAAUGA